AUGGGGGCCUGUUCUGAUCCAUGCUUGCGGCCCGCGCCGGAUGAAACCAGGGCACCCAAAACGCCCAAUUUGGAGGGAUGCCCGCCCAAGACGGGUUUGGCAAGGGACUGCCGGGGAGCUCCUACCGGGGAAUCCCGGAGGAGCUCCCUGCCGAGGACAUGCCGGAGGGCUUGCUGCCGGGGACAUCCCGGGAAAGGAAAGCUUCCUGCCGAGGCAGGCCGGAGGAGCUGCCGGCCGAGGACUGCCGGGGGGAGCUGUCUGCCGAGAACGCCGGAGGAGCUCCCUGCCGAGGACAUGCCGGGGAACGCCUGCCGAGGACUGCCGAGGACCCUGCCUGCCGAGGACAUCCCGGGGAAGGAGCUCCCUUUCCCCGAGGAAAAUGCCGGGGGAGCUGCCUGCCGGGGACUUUCCCGGAGGACUCCCUGCCGAGGACAUUCCGGAGGAGUUUUCCCUGCCGGGACACCCCGGAGGAGCUCCCUCCCGAGGAAAACCCCCGGAGGGGGGGGGGCCUCCCGGGGACAACCCCUUAAAGGACUUCUGCCCGGGAAAACCUCGGAGGGCCGCCUGCCAGGCACCCCGGAGGACUGCCUGCCGGGGAAACACCCCGGAGGAGCUCCCUGCCGAGGACACCCUGGGGGAAAGCUGCCUCCCGAGGCCCCCCGGGGGACUGCCUCCCCGAGGACCCCCGGGGGAGCUGCCUGCCGGGGACACCCCGGGGGGAGCUCCCUUUCCGAGGACACCCGGGAGUUUGCCUCCAAAGGACACCCCGGAGGACCCUUCCUCCCCGAGGAUAUGCCGGAAAGCUCCUGGGGUAGGGGGACUGGGGGAGGAGCAAACGGGGGCACCAAGUCCGCCCGAAGGCGGGCCGUGAUCGCCGGGAAAAGUGCGGGUCCCCUAAAGGGGAAAGGGUCCUGGAGCUAA